AUGGCCCUUUGGAAGGAGAUGAAGGAGGCACAAACCUCGAGAGUCCGACAAGGUCCAGGCUUUGGAUCGCACUUCUGGGACGAAAUCCAAUCACAAGUCGGUCGCAAGAAGGUCGAAAGCAAUCCGCUGGAAAAGUCCGACCCGAUACGCACUACACAAGCACAACAGCCCACGCCAAACCAAACUGCACAAGAGCGCAAUACUCGGCCAAAAGCAGACCUCCCACCUGAACCACCCAAAGAAGGCUUCCUGUCCCACUUCAUGGACGAACUACGCUCGCAAUCCCGUGGCCGCGACAAGAACCCUUGA